CUUAGCAGCCGCUCGCUCCAUGCUCGCAGGCCGGAGCAGCCGCACGCUUCGGACCCUGCGUCGCUCGUCGUCGACGCUUCCGCCCUCGUGGCUGGCUUCCGCGCAGAAAGAGCUCAAGGGCAAGGACCCGGCCAUCCUCACGCGCGACACCGCCGAGGGCAUUCCGCUGCAGCCGCUCUACACCUCCGCCGACCUGCCGCCGGCGGAGAGCCUCGCGCAGCAGGCGGUGCCGGGCGAGUUCCCGUACACGCGUGGCCCGUACGCCACCAUGUACACCCACCGCCCGUGGACGCUCCGCCAGUACGCCGGCUUCUCGACCGCCGCAGAGUCGAAUGCCUUCUACAAGGCGAAUCUCGCCGCCGGCCAAAAGGGGCUGUCGGUGGCGUUCGACCUGGCGACGCACCGCGGGUACGACUCGGACAACGAGCGGGUCCUCGGCGACGUCGGCAUGGCGGGGGUCGCCAUCGACUCCGUCCUCGACAUGCACGAGCUGUUUGCAGACAUCCCGCUCGACCAGGCGCAGGGAGGAGGGGAGGAGGAGGGAGGAGGAGAGGGAGGAGUAGGAUGGAGGGAGGAGGAGGGGAGGAGAGGGAGGAGGCGAGGGAGGAGAGGGAGGAGGAGAGGGAGGACGGGAGGAGGAGGGAGGAGGAGAGGGAGGAGGCAGGAGGAGGGAGGAGGAGGGGAGGAGGGGAGCAGGGGAGGAGGCCUCCAGGGGAGGGAGGAGAGGGAGGAGGAGAGGCAGGAGGGGAGCGCGCGCGCUACGGCCGCCGCCGCCGCCGCAGCAGCAGCACUCUCACGCCGCCGGCCCGGUGCGCAGGCGGACGGGCUCGAGUACGUGCGUGCGGCCGAGGCGACGGGCGUCGUCGGCGUCGACGACAUCGCGCCGCGCAUCUCCUUUUUCUGGGGCAUCUCGAUGAACUUUUACAUGGAGGUUGCCAAGCUGCGGGCGGCGCGGCGGCUGUGGGCGGAGCUGAUGAAGCAGCACUUCGACCCCAAGAAGGAGAAGUCACUCCUGCUGCGCACGCACUGCCAGACGAGCGGCUGGUCGCUCACUGCGCAGGAGCCGUACAACAACGUGAUCCGCACCACGGUCGAGGCGAUGGCCGCGGUGAUGGGCGGCACGCAGUCGCUGCACACAAACUCGUUUGACGAGGCCAUCGGACUGCCGACCGACUUCUCCGCCUCGCUCGCGCGCAACACGCAGCUCAUCCUCGCCGAGGAGACGGGCAUUCCCCACGUGGUCGACCCUUGGGGCGGCUCCUACAUGAUGGAGGCGCUCACCGACAGGCUCGUCGAGGAGGCGCGCGCCAUCAUCGAGGAGGUGGAGGCGCUCGGCGGCAUGGCCAAGGCGGUCGCCUCCGGCAUGCCAAAGCAGCGGAUCGAGGUUUGCGCCACCCGCAAGCAGGCGCGCAUCGACUCUGGCGACGACGUCAUCGUCGGCAUCAACAAGUACGCGCCGGCGGCCGGCCGCGAGCAGCCCGUCGUCGAGCCGCGCGUCAUCGACAACCUCGACGUGCGCGCGGCGCAGGAGGCGAAGCUGAAGCGGCUGCGCGCCGAGCGCGACGAGGCCACGCUGCAAAAGGCGCUCGCGGCGCUCUCCGCCGCCGCCGCGACGUACGACGGCAACCUCCUCGCGCUGGCAAUCGACGCGGCGCGGGCGCGCGCGACGGUGGGCGAGAUCUCGGACGCGCUCGAGCGGCAGUGGGGGCGGUACACGCCCUCGCACACCGUCGGCUCGGGCGCCUAUCUCGGCGACUUCCGCAGCGACGGCGGCGAGAUCGAGGCGACCGUGGCGAUGGCGGAGGAGUUUGCGGCGCGGCACGGGCGUCGCCCACGCAUCCUGGUGGCAAAGAUGGGGCAGGACGGGCACGACCGCGGCGCCAACGUCAUCGCCUCCGCCUUUGCCGACCUGGGCUUCGACGUCGACGUCGGCCCGCUCUUUGCGACGCCCGCCGAGGUUGCGCUGCAGGCGGUCGACGCAGACGUGCACGUGGUCGGCGUCUCGUCGCAGGCGGCGGGCCACCGCACGCUCCUGCCGGCGCUCAUCAAGGAGCUGUCGGCGCAGGGCUGCGAGGCGAUGGUGGUGGCCGGCGGCGUCAUCCCGCAGCAGGACUACGGCCUGCUGCACGAGGCGGGAGUGAAGAGCGUCUUCGGGCCGGGCACGCGCAUCCCCGCGGCGGCGCGCACCAUCAUCGGCGACCUGGAGGCGGCGCUCAGCGAGGGCGACGCCCAGGCUGCUUCGGGCUAGCAGGCGAGCCCGCAGGAGAGGCGCGCGCAGAGAGCCGGAGGCGGCGCUCUGUCGCGCGCGCGUCGUGAAGUGUGCGUGUCGAAGUGUGUCAGUCAGUGCGCAGUGGCGCCGCCUAGCGGUCAUGUGACGUGAGUUUAUCGCCCUCUGUUAUUAUUGCAGUACGGUACAGUGUAAAAAAGUAAUAUAAUAUAUAU